CCUUAGAUCCGGCCCCGGACUCUUGAGUGCUGCAGGUCGACGUCCGGGUCCAGUGGGGGGGUCGGUGCCCUCGGAUCCACCUGACCCUCUUAGAUCCGGCCCCGGACUCUUGGGUGCUGCAGGCCCGCAGCAAGAUGAGGAGGUGGGAACCCGGAAAGCCUGACUAAGGUGGUUCAUCUACUGGUCUUGUCAGGGGGCCCUGGGGCAGCAAAUGUGGGUGACCUUCGUCUCAUGCUUCCUGCUUUUCCGAGGCCUUCCCCGACAUACCUUCGGCCUGGUGCAGAGCAAACUCUUCCCUUUCUACUUUCACAUCUCCAUGGGCUGUGCCUUCGUCAACCUCUGCAUCUUGGCCUCACAGCGUGCUGGGGCUCAGCUCACAUCCUGGGAGGCCAGCCAGCUCUGCUUGCUGCUCCUGAGCCUCAUGCUGGCCACCAUCAACGCCCGCUGGCUGGAGCCCCGCACCACGGCCGCCAUGUGGGCCCUGCAGACCAUGGAGAAGGAGCGCGGCCUGGGCGGGGAGGUGCUGGGCAGCCACCAGGGCUCAGACCCCUAUCGCCAGCUGCGGGAGCAGGACCCCAAGUACAGUGCCCUCCGCCAGAUCUUCUUCCGCUACCAUGGCCUAUCCUCCAUUUGCAAUCUGGGCUGCCUCCUGAGCAAUGGGCUUCAUCUUGUAGGCCUCGCCCUGGGCCUCAGGAGCCUCUAGCACCCACUGACUCUCUGUCUCUGCUGGGGCCCCAAAUGUCAAUAAACACUUCUUUGGAAAUGA